AUGGAGAGAUGUUGCUGCGGCAGGUUUGGGUUCGAUUGGGACGUGGGUAUUGGGGUCGAGUGGGACUUGGGUAAAUUGGGUUCGAGUGGGACCAGGGUACUUGGGUCGAGUGGGACUUGGGUAUUGGGGUCGAGUGGGACCAGAGUAUUGGGGUCGAGUGGGUUUUGGGUCACUGCAGGGGAAAGCUUAGAAGCAGGGGCAAAAGGGGAAUCAGGAGUAGAAGGGGGGGUAGAAGUAGAAACAGAGGCAGAAGUAGAAACAGAGGCAGAAGUAGAAACAGGGAUAGGAGUAGAAACAGGGGCAGAAGUAGAAACAGAGGCAGAAGUAGAAACAGAGGCAGAAGUAGAAACAGGGAUAGGAGUAGAAACAGGGGCAGAAGUAGAAACAGAGGCAGAAGUAGAAACAGAGGCAGAAGUAGAAACAGGGGCAGAAGCAGAAGCAGGAGCAAGAGCAGCUUGGUCUCCGUUAGGUCGAGGAGGGAAUCCAGGAGGAGGAGGAGGUGGAGGUGGAGGUGGUGCUGGAUAG